GCUGCACCCCUGACUCUGUGGGGAGACCGACACUGCCAUGUUCAAGGCCAUGCAGACCAUUUAAUCCCCUUUUUACUGGGUUAAACCUGAAUAGAUUCAUUAAAUUUGAAACGGUAUUGAGGGAUGUUGAUGUGGAUUACGAGGGAAAGGUCCCUAUAUUUUCGAGUUAUUGCUAUGUUGGGACAUAAUGAGUUUAGAAAAGUAUAUCUCCUUUAAUUGGAUUCCCAGAGGGUUAAGGAUAAAAAAGUAUCCGACCUUUGCAAAAGAUAAUAUUGAGUUUACUCAGAAAUGGAACGGGGGUUAACAAAAUGCUCAUUGGACCUAACGGAACUUAUUAUUAAUUACAAAAAAACUGAAUUUACAUGAAACUAGGGAAGAGAUAAAUGAGGCUCAAUCCUUUCUUACAGGACAUGAGAAAUCUCCUGAUUUUCAAAGACUUGAUCAACAAUUAAAAAUAUAUCUAGAUAAAUUGGAAGGAGUAGUAAGUGCAAGAAGUGAAAGCUUAAGCGUGACAAAUGGCACUAUGAGAAUGAUUCUGUUCAUAUUUGACAUAAACCCAGGUCCAUCCUGAAAAGCCUAUUGACUAUAGAUCUAAAUCUGUUUCCUUUUCGAGCGAUUCAGGUGACGAAACAUCGUUCUGCACAGGAGACGCUGAAGUGACAUCUUUGUGUCAAACUGGAAGGAGUCCAAGGGGAAUAGAUCUCAACGAUCUGGACAAUCACGAUCAACCAAGCAGCCAAAAAACUACUAUGGCCAGGGGCCACAAUCAAAGAAAAAGAGAACAGAAGAGAACAUGGACAAAGAACCACUACAGGGCCACAAGAGAACCAGAAGGGGAGGAAAGAGAUUUCGGGGGAAAAUAUUACAAGUUGAGAGAAAAUCCAAAAAGGAAGAACAGGAUCUACUAAAUGUUGUAAAUAUAUCUUCAUUUGAUUUGACUAUUUCACAGACAAAAGUUUUAAAGCAUGGGUUGUCUUUUGCCCCCUCUCAUCACUUUAAUGUAUUUAACACAUUGCUAGAUGUCAAUAAGUUUAUUCGUAAGUGAACCUUACAUAGACAAUUUGGAACAUGUGGGUUCCCAGAGUAUGGGAAUAAUCCCAGGGAUUCCACUACUUUUCAGGGACAAUGUUGUCUUUCUGAUUUGCAGUCACUGCAAGGGGAAAAUCUUAGUUCCAUGACCACACAGGGUGAAAUAGGGAACAUAACCUUAUCUAAAAGGCCUAUAUCUGAUUUUUACCCUAUCCAAUCCAGAUGCCCCUCUAUGGACAUCUUUCAGGAAUUAGUGGAAGCUGAGUUAAAAGAAAUAGCGACCAAUUCACCUAAACACAGGAGGGAUAAUAUAUCCCCUGAGGAAAGGAAGGCACUGAAAGACCUGAGAGAACCCAGACAUCACAAUCCGCCAAUCGGACAAAGGAGGUUGUGUAGUGUCAUGAACACCAAAGACUAUAAAGCAGAGGUGGACCGCCAAUUAAACAAUGGUGACACAUACAUUAUACACUAUAGUUGGAUUUUGAUGGAUGUCAAGUCGUUAUAUUCUUGUAUACCACAUAACAUGGGAGUACACGCCAUCACAGAGAUUCUCACAAACUCAGGACUGUACACGCAAGAUCUCAUUCACUACACCAUUUUGGUUUUAGAAUUUUUACUCACACACAAUAUCAAUUUAUAUCAAUAUCAAUCAGCCCAUACAUAUAUAACUGAUGCAGGAUAUAAGUCCAAGAGGAAAUCCACCAGAUCAGUUAACGAUAAGGAAAAGAUUUUCUUGGUGACAGACUAUAGUGAGAAAUUUACAGCAGUAUGUAAAACAAUAAAAAAAUAUCUUCUGAUUUUAUAUAGUGAUAGCCAACUCAAGGAUAUCAUUUCCCCCAAAGAUAUCAAAUUUGUAUCAAGGAAGGCCCCCACUUUGGGUAGGAUGCUGGCCCCCAGUGUGGUCUCUUCCUCUACAUCAGUAAUUGGGGUGAAUUGGCUCUUAACAAAGGGCACAUAUAAAUGUGGAGCAACCACAUGUAAGACCUGUAAAGUUAUCACUAUAAGUCAGGGCUUUAAAUCCAAAUUUAAACAUGCCACGAAUACCAGAACAAAGGGUUUUUCAAUUGUAAUUCGAAACACAUAUUUUACCUGCUAGAAUGCAAAAAUUGUACUAAACAAUAUGUGGCACUUUGAAAGAACGAAUACUGAAGGACAUGAGGGCCAUUAAAAACAAGGAUGAAAAAUCCCUCAUAGGAAAACAUUUUGCAGCCUGCUCAAUUAGAGGCUGUUAUGAUUUGGGAGUAAAAGUAAGUGGCGGUGGUGGGCCCUGGUGCCAGGGGGCAUGGUGAUUGGCCGGUCACUGAGUCAAUCCUGCCCAGUUUUCCUAAUUUGCAAAACCGGGCAGGUUUUGACCAGGGCAGCUCUUCAAAUUACCAGGCUGUCUGGGUCAAAACCGAACAGGUGGCAACCCUACCACUCUUGCUCUAUUCAGAAAUGUCCAUUUCACUGUUUGUGAAUAUAUAUUGAAUUGGCCAAUUGUAAGCGCUUGGUGGUCUAGUGGGGACUAGCGCCCGGCAGGGACACCCACAGCCCUAGUCCUAUUUCCUCAAGUGCCGGUUCUCUAUGGCUCUAUGGUUCUGGCUUUAUGCGUUGGGCGUGUGACAUCAUGAAGCCGAGUGGUGCAAAAUUCAUAUAUUUAAAGGGGCUUUGCACUCAAACUCAUUGUGCUCGAACAAACCUUCGCACUGAUUUGGUGGAUGCCCCCAUAUCUGCUUUUAUAAGGGAAUCCUGAAGGUUCUCACCUCGCUGAUAGGCCAUUAAUGGGGAAGAAAAUAUCUGUAUAUGUGAUGCACAGGUUUGCAAAAUGUGCCAAUGUUUUCUAAUGAUUUUCCUGACAUUGUUUCUAGCUGUCGUAUAUUUACUAACAAACGCUAGUCUAGAGGAUUCCCUUCGACCUCUUUGUUGUCUCAACUCAUUUUGUGGUAAGCUCUCCACUUCAGUUCUUGCCAUUUCCAAGAGCUCCCUGGGAUAUUCUCUCACAGCGAAUCUUCUUUGCAUUUUAUCUAGUCUCUGUAUUUCUCUCUGUUGUUCAGAGACUAUACGUCUCACUCUCACGAAUUUUGACUUUGGCAAAUUGUUUUUCAAUGACGGAGAGUGGAAACUAGAGAAAUGCAACAAAUGAUUACGCUCUGUCUCUUUCUUAUAUAGAUCAGUUAUUAACCGAGGUCCUUCUUUUUUGAUUGUCACAUCCAGAAAAUUUACUGUCUCCAAAUCGUGCUCCAUGGUAAAGUGUAGGGUUGGGACCACAGUGUUCAGAUAUGCAACAAACAUUAUGAUGUUGUGGUCGGGACCAGUAGAGAGCCUUAUAAUAUCAUCUAUAUAGCGAUGAUACAACUGGCAGUAUUGUUUGUACAAAGGAUUUAUAUAGAUAUAAUUCCUUUCAAAGUGAUCCUGAAACAUAAAACAAUUCUCCCUCAGGACCACCUCUAAUAAUGAGAGGAAGAACUCUUGUAUUUGGUGGGGGUAGUUAUUGUGUAUAAUUAGCAUCUCUCGUAUUGCAUCUAACCCUGCAUCAUCCAUAAUAAAGUAUAGAGACUCUGGAUAUCCAUUGUUACCAGAAUCGUCUCAUUUUUUACCGUACACAAAUCCAAAAUAUUUAACAAAUGUGUUGUAUCCUUUAAAGGAGAAGGAA